AUGGAGCAUCAUCUUCUUUGUGCUUCUUCAUCUUUACUGUUACUCUUCUUAUUCAGUUCUAUUCCUGUAACCAGCCAAUUCACUUUUGGCAGCAGCAAACAAGCUCAUAAUUAUGCGAAUGUCUCAUGUAUUGAGAAUGAACGACAAGCUCUUCUUCAAUUCAAGCAUGGGUUGAUAGAUGAAUCAAAUCGUCUGUCUUCUUGGAUUGGAGAAGGAUGUUGCUCAUGGGAAGGCAUUAGUUGCCGCAGAACCACUGGUAGUGUUUUGAAACUUGAUCUACGCAAUACGGUGCCACUCUAUUCUUAUGAUGUUGGUUAUCACUGCACAAAUUGCUUAGGAGGCCAAUUGAGUCCAUCUUUGGUCAAUUUGACCAAUUUGCGAUACUUGGAUUUGAGUGUGAAUAAUUUUUCAACAUUCCAAGUUCCCGCAUUCUUGGGAUUGUUGAAAAACUUGAGAUACCUCAAUCUCUCAAGCGCAGGAUUUCGUGGUGAAAUUCCCCACCAUUUAGGAAACCUCUCGCAUUUACGGUAUUUGGAUCUUGGAGAUUCAAGUUCCUCCCCAGCAAGUAAUUGGUUGAGCACUAAGGAUCUCGGGUGGGUUGCUGGGCUUUCUUCUCUAGAAGGCCUAGUCCUGUCCAGGGUGAGCCUUACAGCCGCUCAAGAUGGGUUACAGUCAGUUAACAUGCUUCCUUCACUAACAACACUAGACUUGAAUGGGUGUGGUCUUUUCAUCCAUCCUCAUCUUUCACAUGUCAAUUUCACAUCUCUUGCUUCCCUUGACCUCGGUGAAAAUAAUUUCAGCAACUACACGGCCCCUCCUUGGCUCUGUAAUCUUACUGGCCUCCAUGAUCUUCGUCUUGGUCAUAAUAAUCUUUCUGAUCCAAUUCAUGGUCUGUUUGAUCAAAUGAUCUCUCUAGUUCAUCUCGAUCUAUCUUCAAACCGCUUUGAUGCUUCAACGUUGAAAUCACUUUGUAAUGUAAGCAGUCUUACUUAUUUGGAUCUGAGGGAUAAUAAUGUGCAAGGGUCAAUACCAAGUGAAAUAGGCCAACUUAUAAAUCUUACUUAUUUGGAUAUGAGGUUUAAUAAUUUGCAAGGGUCAAUACCAAGUGAAAUAAGCCAACUUAUAAAUCUUACUUAUUUGGAUCUGAGGGAUAAUAAUGUGCAAGGGUCAAUACCAAGUGAAAUAGGCCAGCUUUCAAAAUUAACAAACCUAUCAUUGUCUGGUAACAGCUUAAAUGGUACCAUACCGACCAAUCUUUGGCAACUGACGAAGCUACAAGAUUUUGACAUUGGUUACAAUUCAUUAACUGGUGUCCUAUCUGAAGACCAUUUUUCGAAACUCCGAGAGCUAAAGUCACUGGACCUAUCUGGAAGCUCACUUGCUCUGAACGUGAGCUCCUCGUGGGUUCCCCCUUUUCAACUCCGACGAAUUCGGAUGGGAUCCAUCAUUGUGGGACCCAGGUUUCCAGCUUGGCUUCGGACUCAGAAGGAGGUUGAGGUGUUACACAUGCGGAACGCGAGCAUUUCAGAUGCCAUACCCAGCUGGUUUCGAGUGCUUUGUCAUAAUAUUACGUCAGUAGAUCUCUCCAGCAACAGCCUAACUGGAAAUCCUUUGGAGUUCAAAUUUAAUGGAUCUCUCCAGCAACACAAUUUUCUUACUGGACAUAUUCCGCAGCUUGAAGUUGGUCAAACGGUUGUACCUGCGCUGUCGUCUCUCUUACUAAAUGAUAACCGUUUUACAGGUACUAUCCCUGAAGACUUGUGCAAGUCGGAAUAUUUGUCAGAAUUGGAUCUAUCCAACAAUCUUCUGUCCGGAAGAGUUCCUCUGUGUCUAGGAAACUUGCGAUACCUGGAUACCCUAAACUUGGCAAAUAACAGUCUAUCCGGUCAAAUUCCGAGUUCACUGGGUAACUUGUGGCGACUUGAUGCUCUGCAUUUGAAUGGAAACAAAUUCGUUGGGAAGCUCCCUACCUCAAUGCAGCAUCUGAGAAAUUUGCAAACUCUUGAUCUCGGUGACAAUGGAUUGAAGGAUAUUAUACCAGCUUGGAUUGGGGAAAGGUUAUCAAAUUUAAGGUUUCUAAGAUUUCAGUCAAAUAACUUCCACGGACCUAUUUCCGAUACACUCUGCCAACUCUCAUAUCUUCAAGUUCUGAACUUAGCACAUAAUAACUUGAGUGGAUUUAUUCCUCACUGCUUUAACAACAUUAGUGCCAUGGUAUCCUCACUGCUACAUGGAGAUGGUGGCGUUGAUUCACAAGAAAGCCUUGAAGACAUUAAGGGAGGAAGAGAAGUUGAGUAUGACGUAUGGAGCCUUUUGCUUGUUAGAUCCGUAAGCCUCUCAGCAAAUAAUUUAGUUGGCGAGAUCCCUGAUGAGAUAAUGGAGCUGGUUCAAUUGCAAUUUUUUAAUCUUUCACAAAAUCACUUGACUGGAAGGAUCCCCAAGAAGAUUGGCAACUUGAAGCAACUUGAGGCGCUUGAUCUAUCAAUGAAUGCCUUCGGUGCAAUCCCUGAAACCUUAUCUGAUUUGUACUCGUUGAGCUUCCUGAAUUUGUCACACAAUACACUUUCAGGGCCAAUACCAUCAGGAAAUCAGCUUCAAACCUUGACCGAUCCAUCCAUCUAUGAAGGAAACAGUGGACUCUGUGGCAACCCUCCAAACAACUGCUGGGAACACAAAUUGCCUGCCAAAAAUGGGCCUAUUGAUGAUGUAAACCGUGUGAAUGUCUAUGAAAUAGGGGAGAAUUCUAUUCCUGUAACCAGCCAAUUCACUUUUGGCAGCAGCAAACAAGCUCAUAAUUAUGCGAAUGUCUCAUGUAUUGAGAAUGAACGACAAGCUCUUCUUCAAUUCAAGCAUGGGUUGAUAGAUGAAUCAAAUCGUCUGUCUUCUUGGAUUGGAGAAGGAUGUUGCUCAUGGGAAGGCAUUAGUUGCCGCAGAACCACUGGUAGUGUUUUGAAACUUGAUCUACGCAAUACGGUGCCACUCUAUUCUUAUGAUGUUGGUUAUCACUGCACAAAUUGCUUAGGAGGCCAAUUGAGUCCAUCUUUGGUCAAUUUGACCAAUUUGCGAUACUUGGAUUUGAGUGUGAAUAAUUUUUCAACAUUCCAAGUUCCCGCAUUCUUGGGAUUGUUGAAAAACUUGAGAUACCUCAAUCUCUCAAGCGCAGGAUUUCGUGGUGAAAUUCCCCACCAUUUAGGAAACCUCUCGCAUUUACGGUAUUUGGAUCUUGGAGAUUCAAGUUCCUCCCCAGCAAGUAAUUGGUUGAGCACUAAGGAUCUCGGGUGGGUUGCUGGGCUUUCUUCUCUAGAAGGCCUAGUCCUGUCCAGGGUGAGCCUUACAGCCGCUCAAGAUGGGUUACAGUCAGUUAACAUGCUUCCUUCACUAACAACACUAGACUUGAAUGGGUGUGGUCUUUUCAUCCAUCCUCAUCUUUCACAUGUCAAUUUCACAUCUCUUGCUUCCCUUGACCUCGGUGAAAAUAAUUUCAGCAACUACACGGCCCCUCCUUGGCUCUGUAAUCUUACUGGCCUCCAUGAUCUUCGUCUUGGUCAUAAUAAUUUUCUGAUCCAAUUCAUGGUCUGUUUGAUCAAAUGA